AGCGCGCUGGGCCACGCCACAAGAGCAGGAAGGCAGGAUGCUGUCGAGACCGAAGCCUGGGGAGUGCGAGGCAGACCUGCUGCACUUCCAGCAGCAGUUCCUGGCGGCCAGAGCAUCGCCCGCAGUGAAGAUUGUGAAGAAAGCAGACAAGAGGAAGGGGAAGGAAGGGAGCAGAGAUGCUGAGAGGCCCCCGCUGCAGGACAGCAAGGAUGUGGUCAUGCUGGAUGAUUUUCCAGAUGUUCCUCCAGCUCUAACUCCAGCUCCUCCGAAAAAGUCCAAGGUCAAAAGUGCCCGUGUCCACUUUGAAAAUGAAGAUCCAGAGGAAAGGCUGGAGAGUCAUGAUCAGCACAUCACAGCAGUCUUGAGCAAAAUUAUCGAACGAGACACAAGUGCGGUUGCAGUGACCAUGCCAGUGCCAACAGGAGAUCCGUUUCCCAGGACGUUUCACCGCUCAGAGAUAAAAAGUGAGGUGAAGGUGGGAUCUGGAAGAAAAAGCAUCUUUGCACAGAAGAUCGCAGCAAGAAGAGCCGCGGAAAAGGCAGCGGCAGCUCCCUCUGCUGCUGAGCCUAUGUGGUCGGGAGCAGAUCCUGUGGGUUCCCCGGCUCCUGAGGAGGCGGUGGGAGAGGCAGCACCCCCCAGACACGGGGAUGAUGAAACUGUUGACUUCUUGACCUCUCGGCGGCCCUGUAUUAUAACAGGAGAGGGCCUUGGAAGCGAAAAGAGUGAGCAGGAAGUUCAGGCUAUUCACAAGGAGAACUUGAAGAAGCUGCAGUCCAUGUCCCAGGAAGAGAUCUUGCAGGAGCGAGAGAGGCUUCUGGCUCAGUUGGAUUCCAAUUUAGUUGCUUUCUUAAAGUCACGACGUGGUGGUAAUGAAGAUCAGCAGAAAAAGGGAUUAAAAAAGGAGCAGAACAGACCAGAGGAGUCUUUGGAAACAGUACCUAUGGCUCAAGACAGUGUAGGAGUGUCUCCUUCCUUACAGCGUUCAGACAUGGAAGAGUCUCUAAUGAAGGAAGAAAAUACAAAAGUAGAAAUCACAGAUGAGAUUCUGCCUGUGAAGCCCAAGAAGGAAUGGAUUCACAUGGACAAUGUGGAGUUUGAGAAGCUGGAAUGGAUGAAAGAUUUACCUCCACCACGGCAGAAGAAAACCAAAAAGGGAAUGCAAGCUAGAUUCAGUUUGAAAGGAGAGCUGAUUCCUGCAGAUGCUGAUUUACCUACUCAUCUAGGCCUGCAUCACCAUGGAGAGGAGGCAGAGAGAGCUGGUUAUACUCUCCAAGAGCUCUUCCAUUUAUCUCGCAGCCAAGUUAUUCAACAGAGGACCCUGGCUCUACAGAUCUUGGGUCGUAUUGUUCAAAAGUCCAAGGCUGGGGAGUUCGCAUCCUCCUUGAAGGGCAGUGUUGUGCGUCUGCUCCUUGAUGCUGGGUUUCUCUUCUUGCUGCGCUUUUCCUUGGAUGAUGCAGUGGAUAAUGUCAUGGCAGCAUCUGUUGCUGCUCUCCGGGCUCUCCUGGUGUCACUCGAUGAUGAGAAAUAUCUUGAUUGGACUUUCUCGUGGUAUCAAGGAAUGGCUGCAUUCCCCUUCGUCCCCAACAGUGAAGAGGAAGACGAGGAUGAAGAGGAUGAAUUAACUGGAACUGAGAAGUCUCAUGGCAAAAAAUCAAAAGAUGAAAACAAGCCAGAUGCAGAUGUGGCUCGAUAUGAUGUUGUAAAAGGACUUUUGAAGACGCGGAUCCAGCACCGGUUGAGGUACAUCCUUGAGGUGGUACGACCUGUUCCGACUGUAGUCCUGGAUAUCCUGCACAUUCUCACCCAUAUAGCGAGGCACUCCUCUGAGGCAUGCAGCCAGCUGCUUGACUGUCCUCGGUUGAUUGAGACCAUUGUCAGGGAAUUUCUCCCCACACAGUGGGAUCCCCGAGUGGCUGAACCGGGGUGUUUGCUCACCAGUGUCCACGGAGUUCCUUGUGCCAGCGCUAUGAAGUUCCUCAGGGUGUUGGCAUCUGGAGGCCGAAAUGCAGCAGCCCGGAUGCUCAACAAACUUGAAAUGAAGAGUCGGUUAAGUCGAUUUGUAGCAGAAGACCCUCUGGACCUGCUCCUGCCGAGGGAAGAAGCCAUCAGGCUGAGCACGGAAGCUUUUCGCCUGUGGGCUGUGGCUGCUGCCUAUGGCCAGGCCUGUGACCUUUACAGGGAUCUCUACCCGGUGCUGGUGAGGAUUCUGCAGUCUCUGCCCGAGUUGCUUGGCGCUUGCCAUGAGAAGAGCCCCCUGCUCGAGCUGUCCGUGCAGCGGGCCGCGGCGCUGGUCACCCUGCUGACCCACGUGACGCAGAUGGCAGGCUGCGCUGCGGAGCUGCAGGCCCAGCAGAGCAGUAAUGCUUCAGAAGAUGAGGAGCAGAUUCCUCCUCCACCAGUAAUGUGGAAUCAAGUGUCAAACUUGCGGCCUUUCCUUGAGACAAGUCUGAAAAUAAUCCUCCAGGAGAUAUCCCAGACAGAAACUUGGCAAGCCCUCCAGCCUCUAACCACAACUUACAUGAUCUACCUGGGAGUUUAUUACAGAGCUUGCAGUCAACAGCCAUCAGUCAAUCCAAUUGACUGUUUAGAGGACCUGGAACACUUGACAUGCGAGGUGCUGUUGCCCCUUCUCAGCCAGCCAGCCAUGCACAGCAUGUGGGAUUUGCUCAGGCCGUGUUCUGCUUUGUGCAAUCCUCUAUCCUGUGCCCCAGCACCGGAGUCUGUGGCCAGCAUUGUGUCUUUGAGCUGCACUGGAGGCAAACCUCCCCUGAGCCUCGUUGGCUCCAAGUCACCUUUCCCCUUCCUCACUGCCCUCCUUUUUCUCAUUGGUAGCAUCACACACGUUCACAAAGGGCUGAUCAUCAAGUACAGCUCAGUGCUGGACUUCAAAGGCUUGAAGGAUUAUCUGCAUCGGAGCUGGCAGUCUGGACCUCCCUCUGUAACACCGUCAUCUGCGUGGAUGCUGCGCCACGAAUAUCAUCUGCAGUACUGGGUGCUAACGUUGGCUCGGAGAAUGGCAGAUGCUGGUCCGGAUUACGCCGCGCAGGCCGCCCUCCAUCACUGCGCCGCCAUGGCGCUGCUGAGCCGGCUCCUGCCGGGGAGUGAGCAUCUGGCUCACGAGCUCCUCUCGGUUCUUGCCUUUAAUCCAGAGUUUUUCCCUGAAGGGAAAGCUGGAGGGCCGGAAGCAGCUGACUUCUCUGAUAUCCUGCACCUGGGUACGAGUGCCAAACUAGCACAGCCUGACUCUGCAGCAGCAUUUUUUUCCAAGCCCACCCGUGGUCUCCUGCUGAGAGAAUCGUACCAGAAUCUGCGUUUCAUCCGCUCCUGCUACCUCUCGCACUUUGCUCGCUUGCAGCCUACACUUUGGCGUUCCCAGGCUUCCUACCAAGGACAGAAUUACCUCAUCCAGUCCAUGCUGCUUCCUGAGAUCAGAGGGCCCAUCCUGCCUUCAGACUGGCCAUUCUUCCCUCUUAUCAGCCUCUACAAUAAAGUGACUAAUGCAGAGACACAGGGGGCUGUGCUGAACACUCUCCCACUUGAUCUGGUCAACACUGUGAGCUGGAACCUGCAAUGGGUCUUGUUACUGGAAACCUGGCGUGCUAAAAUCCUUCAGAGCAUCCCCACUGCAGCCAAGCUUGCACGGCUUAUGUGUGUCUUCCUCACAGGUGGUGACCUCUUUCUGGAAGCACCAAUCCACUGCUACACAGCUGCCCUCCUCUCUAUAUAUUGCCAGCCCAAAACACUGGACUCCCUGAACUUGGAUGCUCCUCUCCCUGGCGUGGCUUCAUUUCAUGAUCUCUACACGAGUCUCCUGGAGCAGUUUGAAGGUGUCUCCUUUGGAGAUCCCCUCUUUGGAGCCUUUAUUCUCCUACCUCUGCAGAGGCGUUUCAGCAUUCAUCUGCGGCUCUCUGUCUUUGGGGAGCACACAAGUAUCCUGAGGGCACUGGGGGUGCCACUUCAGCAGUUCCCCGUGCCUCUGGAGCGAUAUACCGACCCUCCUGAGGAUAACUUGAACCUGCUGCGACUCUACUUCCGAACACUUGUCACUGGAGCUCUGCGCCACACCUGGUGCCCUGUCCUUUAUGUGGUUGCUGUGGCUCACGUGAACAGCUUUAUUUUCUCCCAAGACAGCACAACACAGGAGAAUGAUGCUGCUCGCAAAAGCACGCUGCGGAAGACAUGGCUCCUGGUGGAUGAGACCCUGAAGAAGCACCUUCUCUACUACAAAAUGCUGAAUGCAGAGAGCCCUUUGGGAUUUGAUCUUUAUGAACAGCUGCCUCCUCUGCGAUUGAAGUACCUGCAGAUAGUGACACAGAAAAAAAAUAAGGAGACUGUAUCGGUUCUAGUCUCAUAGCAAAGCACUUGUGUAAGAGGAGGGCCAAGGGGAAGAACGGA